GUGACCUCGCGCCGCGCUUGCCGCUUCCGCGGGGGCGGGGUGAGGGCCGGCUGGGCCGGGGGUCCGCGCGCAGCCCUGGUGGGCGGGGCCGGCCCGUCCGCGGUCGCCGAGGCUGGUCUAUAGUGGGGUUGUGUGCUUCUGGGUGGCUGUGGUGUGUCGGGAGUGACGCUGCGGGGUGUGAAGUGCUGGCCUGGGACUAGACGUGCCCUACCCUGGGCUUUGGAGGAGGUGCUUGUCCGUGUGAGGAGCGGCAGCGGUGUCACAAGCAUGUAACGGGCCAGCGCCCGACAGUUGGAUCCGUCGUAACGACAGACUGAGCUCCAGCAAGGCCGCUGCCUUGUACGGCGGGGCUGAACGGCUGUCCUCGUUCCGGUGUUGUUUCUCGGGAUUUUGACCGGUGUGCACCUGAGCAGUCGCGGUGUGUUCCAGUAGCGGGACACAGAGCUUGAGAUCGAUAACGUGACCUGCGUGCUGAAGGCAGCGCUGGAGAUCUGAGCUCCUGCCUGCUUUGCUGGGCUCACAGGCCCGGGCAGAUCCUCCUGGCAACUGGAUCUUCCCACUAGAAGAAAUAAGCGACUGCUCAGCUUUGAAGGAACUAGAACUCUGUUGAGGUGCACUGUAAUGUUUCUUGCUUUGUUUUCCUUCCUUUUGGAGGAUAAGAAAUCGGUCUGGAGGCAGUAAAUCAGAGGAAAUGGAAGAAAGGAAAAUCAAGAGGAGAAGCCCCAAGUCCUCCACCGCCCACCCCGUGCAGGUUGCUAACUCCAAGAAGAACUCUGUGCCAGUCAGCAAAAGCACCGCCUUUUCCAAUCCCGCGCCACAGCCGCCGGGGCAGAAACCAAAGCUGAAACGAGUAAUAAAAGAGAAAGCCAAACCUCCAGGAGGCGAAGCAAAAGGGGCCCAGGCAGCACCAAUCCAGCAUUCUUUCCUCACAGAUGUAUCAGAUGUCCAGGAAAUGGAAAGGGGACUUCUCAGCCUCCUGAAUGACUUCCACUCUGGCAAACUUCAAGCAUUUGGAAAUGAAUGUUCCAUAGAGCAAAUGGAGCAUGUGCGGAGCAUGCAGGAGAAACUUGCCCGCCUCAAUCUGGAGCUCUACGGGGAGCUGGAAGAACUCCCUGAAGAUAAAAGAAAACUAGCCAGUGACUCCAAUCUGGAUAGGCUGCUAUCAGAUCUGGAAGAACUGAAUUCAUCUAUGACUUUUUUUGUAUAGUAAUUUAUUUAGCUAGAAUUCAGCACUUUAGACAAUGUGUUGAUUGUAGAUGACAAAGCCAACAGCGCCUUUUCACGUGCAUCUCACUGAGAAACUCUGGACCAAACACACAUAAUAUUUCUUUUGUAUUAUUCAGAAAUGUUCUGUCCCACUGAUAAAUGAAUCGUAUUACCUCUUUUUUCCCCCUGUAGAAACAGUAUCACUAAUUUUACUGCAAAUAUUGGGUUAACAUUUUUUUAUUUCUAGAGUUGAGCUACAGUUGCACUGAUUACUUAGCCGUGCUCUGGUAACUGCACAAAUGCAUGCUUUUAACCCAUCAAAAAGACAAAGCUAAUUGCCUUGGCUUGAUUUUGCCUCUGUGCUUCUGAUAAGCUAAAAAUACAUAGAGGUGAGGAGCGUUGCAUUCCAUCUGGUUAUUUCUGAUUUUACAAUGCUUUGUAUGCACUGAGUAAAGUGGGACUUGAGAUACAGAGAAUAUAGAUAUCAGUGCAGUAUCUGUGAAAAGCUGUUCAAGGCUAGAUCUAGUGAAUGCUGCAAAUGAAAUGCAAUACCACGCAAUAGUAAUAAAUUUCCUCUGUCAUCUCCCCUUGAUCUGCCAGCUAAAGCUGUAGGUAAGUGAUGCUUUAAUCUCCACGAGGAAGAUUAAACUAAUGGUUGAAAGCUAGUACAGAACUCAGUAGAACUGAAUUAGUCUGUACUGGUGCAUACCUGGUAAGGGACUAAGUGUAGCAACAUUACAUUAAACAAUGCUAUCUUGUUUAUAUUGUAUCUGUACGUGAAAACAUUAUUCCUUAAUGGCGUG